CUGAAAUAUCAAUCAAGUAGCGCCUAUUAUCCGGAUUUUACGAAUAAGGUAACGAAUUAGCACGCCAUAUUUUGGGAAAAUGUCGAAGCGGCAUCGGAUCGACGUUGGGGAUUCGCAUAGUAGUCGAAGAAGAGAUGAUGACAGAGAUAAGAAGCGCGACAGGUCAAGGUCGCCCCAUCGUGGUGACAUCAAGGAUGAAAAACACAAGUCUAUAUUUGAACAGUUUAACAUUCCUAAACCACAACUAGCAAUUAAUCCUUUCUCAGGUUUACCACACACACCAAGAUAUUUACAGCUUCUUGCGAAAAGAAAGACAUUGCCUGUUUGGGAAUAUAAGGAAAAGUUUGUAGAGGUGCUUAAUAAACAUCAGACCCUUGUAUUGGUUGGAGAGACUGGUUCCGGUAAAACUACACAGAUUCCACAAUGGUGUUUAGACUGGGUACGUUUACGAUAUCAUAAAAAAGGUGUAGCAUGUACACAGCCACGUAGGGUAGCUGCGAUGUCUGUGGCACAGCGUGUAUCAGAGGAGAUGGAUGUUGGUCUUGGUCAGGAAGUUGGAUACAGUAUCAGAUUUGAAGAUUGUACAUCAUCAAAAACAAUUCUCAAAUACAUGACAGAUGGUAUGUUGCUACGUGAAGCUAUGUCAGACCCACUUCUUGAGAACUAUGGAGUUGUGAUAAUUGACGAGGCUCACGAACGUUCUCUCGCCACAGACAUUCUGAUGGGUCUGUUGAAAGAGGUAGCAAAACAAAGACAGGAUCUCAAAAUCAUCAUUAUGAGUGCUACAUUAGAUGCUGGAAAAUUUCAGAAUUACUUUGACAAUGCUCCAUUGAUGAGUGUUCCUGGCAGAACCCAUCCUGUGGAGAUUUUCUACACACCGGAGCCCGAGAGAGAUUAUCUUGAAGCUGCCAUAAGAACAGUACUGCAGAUACACAUGUGUGAGGAGAUUGAGGGCGAUAUUCUGCUCUUUUUAACUGGACAAGAGGAGAUUGAUGAAGCUUGUAAAAGAAUACAGCGUGAAGUGGACAAUUUGGGGCCAGAUGUAGGCGACAUGAAAUGUAUACCAUUAUAUUCCACCUUACCCCCAAAUCUUCAGCAGAGGAUCUUUGAACCUCCACCUCCGAACAAAGCAAAUGGGGCCAUUGGCAGAAAGGUGGUUGUAUCCACUAAUAUUGCAGAGACCUCACUAACCAUAGAUGGAGUUGUUUUUGUGAUUGAUCCAGGAUUUGCUAAACAAAAGGUGUAUAACCCAAGAAUUCGUGUCGAGUCCCUGCUAGUCACAGCCAUAAGUAAAGCUAGCGCACAACAGAGAGCAGGUCGUGCUGGAAGAACAAAACCUGGAAAAUGUUUCAGACUUUACACUGAAAAGGCAUUUAAACAAGAGAUGCAGGAAAACACAUAUCCAGAAAUUUUACGAUCAAAUCUAGGUUCUGUAGUGUUACAGCUGAAAAAACUGGGAAUUGACGAUCUAGUGCAUUUUGAUUUUAUGGAUCCUCCAGCUCCUGAAACUCUGAUGAGAGCUCUGGAGUUGUUGAACUAUUUGGCGGCCCUUGAUGACAGUGGUGACUUGACGGAGCUGGGUUCCAUGAUGGCGGAAUUUCCGUUAGAUCCACAGCAAGCCAAGAUGGUGAUAGCUAGUACAGACUUCAGCUGUUCUAACGAGAUUCUCUCCAUCACUGCCAUGUUAUCAGUCCCGCAGUGUUUUGUGCGCCCGACUGAACUAAGGAAAGCAGCAGACGAGUGCAAGAUGAGAUUUGCCCAUAUUGAUGGUGAUCACCUGACACUGCUCAACGUCUACCAUGCUUUCAAACAGAACCAAGAAGAUCCACAGUGGUGCUAUGACAACUUCAUCAACUUCCGAUCAUUGAAGAGCGCAGACAACGUACGACAACAGUUGGCUAGGAUCAUGGACCGGUUCAACCUGAAGCGUAGCAGUACCGAAUUUACCAGCAGGGAUUAUUACCUGAACAUCCGGAAAGCAUUGGUAUCAGGAUUCUUCAUGCAGGUUGCACAUCUGGAGAGGACGGGACACUAUCUGACGGUGAAAGACAACCAGAUAGUACAGCUUCACCCCUCUACUUGUCUGGACCACAAACCUGAGUGGGUGCUGUACAAUGAGUUUGUGCUGACUACAAAGAAUUACAUCAGAACUGUGAUUGAUGUUAAACCAGAAUGGAUGGUACAGAUUGCUCCACAAUACUAUGACAUGUCAAACUUCCCACAUUGUGAGGCAAAGAGACAAUUGGAAAGAAUUAUAGCCAAAGUACAAGCUAAAGGAUAUGAAUAGUGCUUCUUGAAUCUUCUGUAGUGUCAAUCAACUCUGAGAUCAUUACUUUGUUACAGUUUUCAAGUCUUCGCAUUAGUUUUGUAUACAAUGGAACUGUUAGAAUAUGCCCUAAUUUGAUGGCAGUAUAUAUGGGAUCAAGUGGUACAAGACUGUACAUUAGAUUAAAUGUAUGGUUUAUCAUUUUCAUAAGGGAAAAGCUGUAAAAAUUAAAAUUGGAACUUUUUUUUAGCUCACCUGUCACAAAGUGACAAGGUGAGCUUUUGUGAUCGCGCGGUGUCCGUCGUCCGUCGUCCGUCCGUGCGUCCGUAAACUUUUGCUUGUGACCACUCUAGAGGUCACAUUUUUCAUGGGAUCUUUAUGAAAGUUGGUCAGAAUGUUCAUCUUGAUGAUAUCUAGGUCAAGUUCGAAACUGGGUCACGUGCCAUCAAAAACUAGGUCAGUAGGUCUAAAAAUAGAAAAACCUUGUGACCUCUCUAGAGGCCAUAUAUUUCACAAGAUCUUCAUGAAAAUUGGUCAGAAUGUUCACCUUGAUGAUAUCUAAGUCAAGUUCGAAACUGGGUCACGUGCCAUCAAAAACUAGGUCAGUAGGUCUAAAAAUAGAAAAACCUUGUGACCUCUCUAGAGGCCAUAUUUUUCAUGAGAUCUUCAUGAAUAUUGGUCAGAAUGUUUAUCUUGAUGAUAUCUAGGUCAAGUUCGAAACUGGGUCACGUAGGGUUAAAAACUAGGUCAUUAGGUCUAAAAAUAGAAAAACCUUGUGACCUCUCUAGAGGCCAUAUUUCUCAAUGCAUCUUCAUGAAAAUUGGUCAGAACGUUCAUCUUGAUGAUAUCUAGGUCAAGUGCGAAACUGGGUCACGUGGGUUAAAAACUAGGUCAGUAGAUCUAAAAAUAGAAAAACCUUGUGACCUCUCUAGAGGCCAUAUUUUUCAUGAGAUCUUCAUGAAUAUUGGUCAGAAUGUUCACCUUGAUGAUAUCUAGGUCAAGUUCGAAACUGGGUCAUGUGGGGUCAAAAACUAGGUCAGUAGAUCUAAAAAUAGAAAAACCUUGUGACCUCUCUAGUGGCCAUAUUUCUCAAUGGAUCUUCAUAAAAAUUUGGUCAGAAUGUUUACCUUGAUGAUAUCUAGGUCAAGUUCGAAACUGGGUCAUGUGCGGUCAAAAACUAGGUCAGUAGGUCUAAAAAUAGGAAAACCUUGUGACCUCUCUAGAGGCGAUAUUUUUCAAUGGAUCUUCAUGAAAAUUGGUCAGAAUGUUUACCUUGAAGAUAUCUAGGUCAAGUUCGAAACUGGGUCACAUGGGGUUAAAAACUAGGUCAGUAGAUCUAAAAAUAGAAAAACCUUGUGACCUCUCUAGAGGCCAUAUUUUUCAUGAGAUCUUCAUGAAUAUUGGUCAGAAUGUUCAUCUUGAUGAUAUCUAAGUCAGAUUCGAAACUGGGUCACAAGGGGUCAAAAACUAGGUCAGUAGGUCUAAAAAUAGAAAAAACCUUGUGACCUCUCUAGAGGCCAUAUUUCUCAAUGGAUCUUCAUGAAAAUUGGUGAGAAUGUUCAGCUUGAUGAUAUCUAGGUCAGGUUCAUAACUGGGUCAUGUGCGGUCAAAAACUAGGUCAGUAGGUCGAAAAAUAGAAAAACCUUGUGACCUCUCUAGAGGCCAUAUUUUUCACGAGAUCUUCAUGAAAAUUGGUGAGAAUGUUCACCUUGAUGAUAUCUAGGUCAAGUUUAAAAGUGGGUCACGUGCCUUCAAAAACUAGGUCAUUAGGUCAAAUAAUAGAAAAACCUUGUGACCUCUCUAGAGGCCAUAUUUUUCAAUGGAUCUUCAUGAAAAUUGGUCAGAAUUUUUUAUCUUGAUGAUAUCUAGGUCACAUGUGCUCAAAAACUAGGUCACUAUGUCAAAUAAUAGAAAUAACGAUGUCAUACUCAGUUGAACACUGGGUCAUGUGGAGAUAGGUGAGCGAUUCAGGACCAUCAUGGUCCUCUUGUUUCCUUGAGGGGUUUAGAGUGGGGAAAUCAAGAUGGAAAAUGGUAAGCGUUAUCUACUAGUUUACUUUAGUAAAGGGAACAACGUCUUGAUCUAGAAUUCAUAUUGGGGUCCAUCCUUUUAUGACAUUGGCACAUUUUCAUUUUUCUAUCACUUUGAUUAUUUGAAAACCAUUCAAGCACACUCAUUUACAGAUAGGCAGAUUUGUACUCCAGUUGUGAGUUUGAUGUGUAAGUUUACUGUGACAAUUGUGUCUCAAAACAUUUGUCCUUCACCUCUGAUACAUGUGGGAAAGAAUUCAGUUACUUGGAGAGAACAGGUUAGUACUUGUACAGAAUCCAGGUACACUGGUUAGGUUAACUGUCCCCUGUUGCAUCACUGAAAUACUGUUGAAAAACGGCACUAAACCCAAAACAAAGUAUAUAAUAAGUACUACUUGAAAAGGUAAGUAUAUGGGAUUCCUUGCUAAAACCUUCAAAAUUUUAGUGUAGUUCUCUUCAUGUAUGAAUCAUGAGGAAUUACUCCGAUUUAAAGUAUUCAGCAUCAUUUAAAGUAUUCAACAUCACUCGAAACUGCUUUGAAUUGACUAAAUUAGGGGCAGUCUGACAUUGACUUGAUCAGGGGCAAUCUGGCCAGGUUGGUUUAAUCAAAAACAGUCUGUCCUUUAAAUUUUAAAGAUCAAGGACUGUUUGGCCUCACUGAUUUCAUCAAGUGUAGUCAGACUUGAGAGAAGACUAAAUGGAUAUUACUCGGUGAAAUAUCCAAAGUUUAACAUUUAGCUCUCCUAGCAAAGUACCAUGGAUGAAGUACAAACAAUGAGAUAUGAGCACUUUACUUCAUGGGUGUUCUUAAUGUACAUGUAACAACAUAAAGUAAUUUAUUGUAUGUUGUGCUAUUGUUGAUAUGUUGUUAUAAAUAUAGAUAUAUAAAACAUGGUCUGAAAGUA